CUCGGCCUCCCAAAAAAAUGGCCGUCAAUGGGGCGAUGGCCUCGGCUUCCAGCCCGAUGCGUGGUCCUCUUCGCUGCUUCCCAAGGCCUGCGGUGGUAAACGAGGCAGGGGCUACGCCUUUCCUAGAAUCCGGUCCCGUGGAGCUCGACCGGGCGCCUCCAGGCGGAUCAGGUUUGCAGUUCGCUCGCUGUUUCUCGAAGCUCUGCUCGCUCAGACCCUCCGACAGCGACAGCCUGAAGACGGAGCUGAACCUGCUGUUUGACCAGCUGAUAUCAGAAAACUACUACAGUUACGCGUCUGACCGCGACGUUCAGCCUGAAGAAGUAUGUGCUCUCCUGGUACAGGCCAGCCGAUUGGUGCAAUUCACUCAGGACCACCUCGUUGUUAAAUUUUGCCAACUUAUCCAUCACCUUCUCAACCGGCUACAGGUGAUUGUGGAUGAGCAGAGCUUGAACUGCCUGGUGUCGUACGUGACCCAGGCCCUGGCCGUGUGCAGCUGCUGGACACGCACUGAUAUCCUGCAGGCACUGGCCGCCCUGCUGUAUGGAAAUGGGCCCAAGUGUCAGAAGUAUCUGCCGGACCUCCUGGGUGGAGGAGGGAUCCUCUUACGCUACAGUGACCUAAACCAGCCAGACCUGGAGCUGUGGCGAGCUGCAGUGCACUGCAUGGGUAACCUGUGUUUGGGGGCACCUGGACAGUCACACCUGGAAGAGCCAUACAGGAGUGUCUGUUUCCAGACCUUUAUGCAGAUGCUACAGUACCCCAGACCUGCUAAUGUGGACGAAGCAAUCUUCUGCACGCUGCUCCAGGAUGCCCUGAAGGGGAUGCAGCACUUCCUGAACAGUGAGAAGGGGAAGCUGGCAGUCGGUGAGCAGCUGGGCACCCUGCUGGCAGUAUUCAAGAAACACAUGUUCUUCGGACUGCCUGGAAUGAAUGUGGAGAUGCCAGGGGUCCUAUACCCCACACCCCUCCCCCAGUAUGAUGGAAGGACUCCCGCCAAGACUGAAGUUCAGAGGAACCCACCAGUUCAGAACAGGCCACCUGGGAAUAAGAAACGGAAAUCACGUGGGCGGGGCAAGAAGGUUGGGUCAGAAGGGAGGCGGGAUGAGGAUGGGGAGGAGGGGCAGGAGGUGGAGUCAGACACGGGGGCGGAGCCCAGCAGGGUACGCAUGGCUGAAGCCCCCGGCCGCUGGAUCCACGAUUCCAGGGGCACAAGUCACCUAUUCUCCCAGGCAUCCAGAGAGGGCGCUGUAGCAUUCUACUCUUCCUGGAAGAAGAGCAGCUCCGACUCGGAGAUUUCUGACCCAGAAGGAGGGAUGCAAAGUAAGCUGAGGUUGUACCAAGCCCGCGUGCGGCAGGGGGCGCUGCACUGCUUCCUGUCGGUCAUUCGGUGCGUGGAGAAGCGUGCGCUGUAUGGCUACUGGUCCUCCUUCGUACCUGAUGCUCCUGGUGUUGGUGGGCCACCUCCCCUGACUCUGCUCACCAUCGCCCUAAAGGAUCCCUCACCUAAGGUUAGGGCGGGGUCCCUGCAAGUGCUCUCGGCCCUGUUGGAAGGCUCCAGGCAGUUCCUGUCGGCGGCCGAGGACACGGGUGCCCCACGGCAGGCCUUUACUCCCUUCUCCGUCACUCUGGCUGCCAGUCUGCGGGAGCUGCACCGCUGCCUCCUGCUGGCCCUGCUGGCUGAGUCCUCCCCACAGACCCUCACACAAGUCAUCAAGUGCCUGGCCCACCUAGUCUCCAACGUCCCCUACAGUCGCCUUCGCCCAGGGCUGCUGGCUUCCCUUUGGAGACAGAUCCGCCCCUACAUCCGCCACCGAGACGUGAAUGUCCGUGUGUCCUGCCUCACCCUCCUGGGGGCUGUGGUCUCCGCUCAAGCUCCCCUCCCUGAGGUCCAGCUUCUCCUCCAGCAGCCUGCUGGCUCUGGAGGAAUCACCGGGACUUUGGGUGGAACCAGCAGUGGGGGUGCCACCCCUCAGGAGCAGCAGCAGAGUUGGAGGAGGGGCCCUGCUAAGGACUACCCACCCCCACCGGCCCCAGCAGAAGCAGACACGACUCCUGGGGCUCAGUGCUGGCUGCUGCAGUUGUGCGUGUCGCUGGUCGUACAGCCCCGGGAGGACCCCUAUUCUGACAGCGAUGCUGCUAGCGCCCCCUCAGGCACCAUGGAACCGCCGCCUGUGCGGCUAGAGGCCCUCCAGGUGCUGGCCCACCUAGUCAGGGGCUACUUUGCCCUGGUGCAGAGUCACUUGUUGGAGCUGGGGGAGGUUUGCACUCAGUGCCUCCAGGAAGCCGAUCCCUCCAUCCAGCUGCAUGGUGCCAAGCUGCUGGAGGAGCUGGGUUCAGGCGUCAUCCAGCAGCACAGAGAGGAGUCCGCCGUGGCCCCAGCCUCCAGGGUGCCCGUCAGCCAGGUGGUCCAGUUCUGGUCGGAGGUGCUGAGUGGCCCCCUGAGUGGAGCCCUGCAGAGCGAGCAUCACCCCACCCUGCAGACCAGCUCCUGUGAUGCCCUGUCGGCCAUCUUGCCCCAGGCUUUCAGCCAGCUGCCGGAUCGAACCCAGGUCCUGUGCCUCACUGUGUUGCUGGGUCUGACUUACAGCGAGAACUCCCUGGUGAAGGCUGCGGCCGUCAGGGCCCUGGGCGUCUACGUCCUGUUCCCCAGCCUUCGAGAGGAUGUGAUGUUUGUAGCUGAUGCCGCCAACGCCGUCCUCACCGCGCUGGGCGACCACUCACCCAACGUGCGCGCCAAGGCUGCCUGGUCGCUAGGCAACUUGACUGACACGCUCAUUGUUAACAUGGCAUCAGUGGGACGCGACUUCCAGGAGGAGUUCUCUGACAUGCUGCUGCUCCAGAUGCUCUGUUCGGCCACCCGUGCAUCCAGCGACAAGGACAGGGUUAAGAGCAAUGCUGUGCGUGCCCUGGGGAAUCUGCUUCGCUUUCUGCGGGCAGCCCAUCUGUCCCGGCCCGGGUUCGAGGGCCCAGUCGAGGAUGCAGUGCAGGCGCUGAUUGAGACUGUCCGCAGCGAUUGCACCAUGAAGGUUCGUUGGAACGCCUGCUACGCCCUGGGAAAUGCUUUCAGGAACCCUGCCCUGCCCCUCGGCACAGCCAACUGGACCCCCGAUGCCUUCUCCGCCCUGUGCCACGCAGUGACGGCCUGCCGCAACUUUAAGGUGCGGAUAAAGUCCGCAGCGGCCCUGUCGGUGCCCGGCGGGCGUGGUUGCUACGGCGACACGGCUCAGUUCGCCCACGUGUGGCAGGCCCUUACACAGGCUCUGGAGCACAGUGGCGAAGCGGGGGACUUCCUAGAGUACCGCUAUUGUGCUGGGCUGCGCUGGCAGCUCUGCUUCUCCAUGCUGCACUUGCUCGGCCUAGCGCAGCCCCGUGACCUGCCUGCCCUAGCUGCUCCCCUGGCAGGGGAGGCAGGCCCCACCCUGCACGGAUACCUGGUGCGUUACCACCUGGACGGGAGCGACCGCGGGGAGGGAGACGGGCCCGCGGGUGCGGCCCAGCCCCAGGAGAGGCUCAGGGAGCUGGAGGAGGUUCUGAAGCAGCUCCAACUGCUGCCUGGGGGUGACUCGAACACAGAGCAGGCUAAGGCCCAGGUGUUGGCCUUCCUGAAUGACGUGCUGAGAAGCUGCUCUGAGCUUCAGGACCCGUCAUCUUGAUGCAGGGUCAGGCAUCUUGCUUCUGGCAUCGUGUCCGUAUUCCUGGUAGUGUCCGGUAUUCCCCGGAUGGCUAGUUCCUUCCAGUCUGUCAUGUCAAACUCCACACUUGCAGAUACAAACAUUCUUUGACCCUUUUAUCUAAAUUUAAAGUACAUACUGGUUGUAUUGUUUAUUUGUGUUUCUGGUGGCACUACAAACCCACUUUGUGAGUGACCCUUUUUUUAUUUAUUUUAUUUUUUGUUUUAUUUUGUAGUAUUGUUUUUUGUGUUUUUUUUUUUUCCCCCCUCAUUUUCUCUGCCAGAGAGCAAUACAAUGUUGUUAUAACUCUCACCAGCAGAGGGAGCUGUUGACCUGAUAACAUUUUAGACUGCGUUUUUAAUGUUCUACGGCUCUUCUCAAAGCCCGCCGUCUAUGUGCCUUUUUCUCUUUGACAGCUGUAGAUGAUUGUCACAUAUCUGUUCAUUUUUUAUUACAGUGUAAGGGGAAAAAGGCAGUGACAUUCUGCUGAAGAUAAUUACAUGAAAUGUAAUAAAAUGAUGUAAAUAAAAGCACCGUCCCUGAAGCCAGCAAAGGUGCUAGAAAGUGUCACAUGUCAUAAAUGUUCAGACUGCUGAGUCUGUUUGCACCUUGGUGCUUCUCAUGUGACAGACUGCAAAACAUGCAUUACCUGCCAUUCUUACUUUCUUCAAUACAAAUGAAAAAAAUCUG